GACCUUUGAAAAUGAAGUUGGUUCUGGCCAUCCUUAUCUAGGAAAGAAAUCUCUCAAAGAUAUCCAGGACCUUUAUGUCGUGGAUUUAUUCGAUGUUGCUCUAGAUCAACCAAAGUUGUUGUGUCCAAAAGCCUUGUUUGCCGUACGGGAAGGUAUCUUAAUGCCUAUUGCCAUCCAUGGAAAGUUUGAAGGCGGGGAUGGCCAGAUCUUCACACCGCCGCCGACUGGUGCAGACCACAAACUCAUACAGCGAUGGACAAAAGCAAAAAUGUGGUUCAACAUGCUAGACGCCCAGUACCACGAGUCCAUUACUCAUUUGGGUUUCACACAUUUGCUUAUGGACGGGGUGAGUGUCUGCGUUCACAGGAACCUGUCGGAAAGGCACCCGGUUUUCAAACUCCUGGCACCUCAUUUUCGUCACAUGCAUGCCAUAAAUAACCUUGCAGCAAAUACUCUUAUCGACUUCGGAGGGUAUGUAGAUUUAGACAUGUAUUAUGGAAGGAAACACAUGCUGAGAUUGAUCGCGAAACACAAUACGAAAUGGCAUCUCAAUCAACAAGGCUCUCUGAAGUGGGACCUGGAAAACAGAGGUGUUGAGGGUCUACCAGGGUAUUAUUUCAAAGAUGAUGCCUGGAAUAUUCACGAAGCAAUCCGCAAUUACGUGGAGGAGUACCUAAAACUAUAUUACGAAAACGACAAUACAGUUAAGCAAGAUGAAGAACUUCAGGCUUUAAGAAGAGAGCUUACGGCUCCAAGGUCUUUGACAGGUGGAGGAGGAUGCGGAAUGCAGGGUGUUCCAAAUUUUGAUUCGAUCAGUAGUCUUGCCACAUCUUUAGUCAGCUUCAUCUACAUAUGUAGUGUCGAACAUUCGGCCACAAAUUUCCCACAAUAUGAGCAGUAUGGUUUUCCACCAAACUACGCUGCUAAACUCAACGGACAUCCUGAGGAACAGCAUGGAGCAACUCAGCUAGAUGCUGCAUUACCCACGGGCAAGGAGUUUUUCUCCACUAUAAGGAUGAUGAAACUCUUGACAACUGUAUUGACAAACAAUCUUGGAAACUAUGAAAAGGAGUACAUGAAUGCAAUGGACAAAGAUGCACAACGAAUCGUUCAAAACUUCCAAAAAGCCCUUGGUCAAAUAACCAUUGACAUAAAGAAUAGAAACAGUCAAAUCCAACAACAUCCCCAGAAUCAGUGGAAAGUUCAAACAUACCCAUACACCUGGCUCCUUCCAGACCGAGUUCUGAAUUCAAUCAGUAUCUAACAUUUGUCAGUUUGGACUCGGGCAAAGAGUGUGAUUUGAAGUGUUUAUUGUAUAUAAAAUAACUUUAUAGUCCUCGAUUUAGAUAUGAUGAAGCCAUGCAAGUGUGAGUCAUAAUGUACCCAACAGAGUUACAUUAUCUUAUUAUAUUAAAUUUACUUAAUGUGAUACACGUAUCUAUAUAUAUCAAAUAUAUACUGACCGGUUUAUGUAUUCAUAUGAAGCAGAAUUUAUUCAACAACUUUAACGUGAGAAAAGAAAUUCUUGCUGUGGCCUUCAAUUCGACAUUUAGAAAUGUCUAUUAACAAUAAUAAAUUUCAUUCAUAUGUCGAUUUGAUAUAUCCCUGUGAGUUCGAAAUAAAGGACACCACAGAGUCGUCCACUUCUGCUUCAUACUUAGAUAUUUUAUUGAAAGUGGACAUUAACGGCAGACUGACAACUCAACUAUAUGACAAAUGGGAUGAUUUCAGCUUCUCCAUUGUCAAAUUCCCAUAUUUAUGUAGCAAUAUUCCAUCACCACCUGUAUAUGAUGUUUAUAUCUCUCAACUGAUUCGAUACGCAAGAGCUUGUUCUGCGUAUGGUCAGUUUUUAAAUCGAGGCAAGCUACUGACAAA